CCCUGAGAGGCACCUGUGUCUGACAGGUUCAGGCUUCGCUGCCUCCCGCAACGUGCCAGGAUGCUGCUGGGCCCAGGGAUGCACGACUGCGCCGGACGCCUGCUCCCUCAAAAGCCAAAAAGCAGGAGUUCAGGAUGGUUCCCCCACCACCUGUCAGCAAGCCCCAUGUGUGCCUCUCCACAGUGCUCAUCAUGACCAGCCUCGUCCUCAUGGAUGCCUACCUGGUGGAGCAGAGCCAGGGCUCCAGGAAGCUGGGCAUCUGUGUCAUGGUGGCAGUGGGUGACAUUUGCUUCCUGCUGGUGCUCCGCUACGUGGCUAUCUGGGUUGGGGCAGAGGUAAAGACAGCCAAGCGAGGAUACGCCAUGAUCCUCUGGUUCCUCUACGUCUUCGUUCUGGAGAUCAAAGUCUACUUUGUAUACCAGAAUUACAAAGCUGACCGGAAGAGCUUGGAUCUCAUCGCCCGCAAAGCGCUGACCUUGCUGCUCUCCAUCUGCAUCCCAGCUCUCUACGUGCUCCUAGUGGCCACGGAGCACAUGGAGUACGUCAGAACAUUCAAGAAGAAGGAGGAUCUCCGCAACCGCCUCUUCUGGGUCAUUGUGGACAUGCUGGACGUGCUGGACAUCCAGGCCAACCUGUGGGAGCCCCAGAAGAAAGGGCUGCCCCUCUGGGCUGAGGGCAUCAUGUUCUUCUACUGCUACAUCCUGCUCCUGGUCCUGCCCUGCGUGUCCCUGUGCGAGAUCAGCAUGCAGGGCAUCGGCAUCGUGCCGCACCGCAUGAUGCUCUACCCCAUGCUCAGCAUGCUCACUGUCAACAUCGCCACCAUCUUCAUCCGAGGCAGCAACAUGGUGUUCUUCAGGGAUGCCCGGGUCUCCAGCAUCUUCAUGGGCAAGAACAUGCUGGCCAUUGGCAUGAAGGUCUGCAUGUUUGUGCAGUACCAGCGGCACCAGCACCACGCACCCCCUGGGCCGGGGCCGGACCCGCAGCCCAGCACCCCGGCCCAGCCGCCCUCGGGGCUGCGCAAGGCCCGGGACCAGCCUGCCUGCCCCGAGGAGCUGGCCCAGGACAACACGUGACGGGGCAGCAGGAGCUACAGCCUGGCCAUCUCCACGCCUGGCCGGAGCCACAGACCCGGGGCAGGCUGUGGAGCUCCCUGCCUGGACAGAGGGGAACCACCCCGCUCCCUCCUUCCCUGGGUGAAACCGCUCAGGGCCCUGAGGGGCGCGUGGUGAGGGCCCCCACAGCAGCCUCUGCAAGGCUGCAGGGCAGUUUGGAACCUCAGCACCUUCUGUAAG